AUGAAUAGCGGGAAGGGGCCUUGCACGCUCGCAGGGAUGCCGCUGGAGACCUGCACCGUGCGGCGGCAGCUGCCGUUGAAGUGGACGGUGGGGCGUACGGCGCCGUCCCGUGCUGCUGCGGCGCGGUGCGGAGACGCGCGUGCAACUCCCUCUGCAAUGUCGCUUCUGUCACCCGGUAGCAACUGUUGCAGCAGCACAGACCGCCUGACGCCGUCGCCCGGGAGACGCUCCAUCUGCUGUAUCGCCUCAACUUCAACGACAGAGGCAAUGGAGCACGGCCACAUCCCAACCCGGAAAGUGAGGGGUGGCCUGGCCGCGGCGACGUCGUCGCCGAAAGCGGAGCCGGUUGCAAAGGCGCGGGUGCUGCGUCGAACUGCGAGCUGCAGCAUGCAGUUAACGGCGGCUUCGUCUUCGUUGUUGUCGUCGCAUCCACCGCCGCCUCCAGCAGCUGUUUUUCCCAGGACGUUUGCACACUACGCACGUGGCGGCGCCGCAUCCCUGUGCGUCGAACGGCGCCCGAGGGGCAACGGCGAGCAAAGCGGUAUUGUAGAGACUCCCUCAAUGCGGCGGCGCGCGUCUGUGGAUGAGGGCACACCGCAUACCGUCAGCAGCUGUGGGGGUGAGUCGCGCCGGAUGUUGAGACCGACGAUCGUCAGCCGGCCAACAUUGCGUGAGGUCGCGCCUGCUGCGACAACCCGAGCCAGACUGCAGCGUCUGGCGACGGCGCCCACCAUACCACAAGACUCCCUAACAGCGAAGGGUGAGGAGAAGGGGGUUGCCUUUUCGCCGUUCCGUUUUUGCGUCGGCGCCGCUGUUGGCAACUCCGGGCAAAGACCAUUUAUCCGAUACACGGUCAGAGGGGGGUCCAGCUGUCUCGUGAUGCCGUCGCUGAACUCACGCCGAACCCCGACCACGGUGCAUACUGCACAUGGGCCCUGCUCGGACUCCACAGACAUGUCGGCAAGUAAUGGAUCUAUCCUCAUGUGUAUGAAGUCCACCGCCGCACCACCGGGACAGAGCCGGAGAGCAUCAAAACAGAUCAUAAAGGCUGCGCGGGAGCCACCAGCACAAAUAUUGCACCAUCCUCACGGCAGUGAUACUCGCAAGCAGCAGCAGCAACAGCAGCGGGAGGAGGAGCUAUGGAGGGCGACUUCUGCUGUGGCGCGUGACAAUGGUGUGUUUGUCACCCCACUAGACAGGAACACUUCCACGGCUAGAAGAACUGAUCCCGCACGGGUGCCGUUUGCGCGCCAAGUUAGUCAACUAUGUCUCCUCGUUCUCCAAGAGCGUGACCGCCGCCUGCUCCAUCAGAAGGCGCUGCGGGAGAGGGAAGCAGUUGAAAUCAAACCUAUAGGGAAGGAGGAAGCCGUGUGGCGACUAGCACGGCCACCGUCAAUGGAUUCUCUCCGUACUGCGGCUGUUUCCUCACCUCCUACACUUUACGCUGAGGAGGUUGAGGCGGCUGAGGCGGGUGAGCAGAUGGCUCCCCCCGAGGUUGUCUUGGAGUGUGUGAGGACUGUGUUGGAGAAGAGGGGUAUGCCGCGGAGGCAAGACCCCGACGCCUCCAUGAAACUGAUGACGACCGUACACGAACCCCCCUACCCCUGUGGGGUAAGCAGCAGCGUUUCUUCCAGUGGAGCUGACGUUAUUUCGCGUUGGAGUGACGUGGCGACGGACGCUGCCGCUGCAGGGGACAACGGUGGAAAGGUGGUGGAGGUUAACACUGGGGAAACGGAGGCCGAGGGCGCUAUUGUUGCAACUUUCACCGAAGCGGAGACGAAGGAGGCGGCGGCGGCACUGGAUGAAGAGGUGGAUGAGGAGGACGAUAGCUCGUGGGGCGCUGAUGAGGACCCAUGGUGGUGUUUUGACAUGUUAUGGUGCGCCUCCCUUGAGCACCUUCCACCACCGCCUGACUUUGUGCCGCCAAUCAGCUUCGCUUCGAUACGAAUUCCGGAUGACGUGGAGGCGCUGGUAACGAUGUACGCCAUUCCCAUGCCGUCCCCAGUGAAUGCCUUUAGAUGCGGCGGGGCGGAAGCGUGCGGUAAACCCCCUGCUUCUUCACGACGUUUGCCAAUGAGUUUUAGCGACACAAGCGAUGCUUUGGCAGGUGGUAGAGGAGCACAGCGAGAGGCGAAUCAGUUGCUACGAAAGCUGCGUAUUCAACAGCUGUUGCUAGAGACCCAUGAGCGACGAUCGCGUCGAAUGCUGAACCAGGAGGAGACGACGGCAUGGAAGGCGAUGAUAAAAGAACGAGGUUUGGCUCACGCACGUCAUGGACGACGAUGA